AUGAGCUUUCACUUCAUAUUCCUGCCCUGUGUCAUAUUUCUUGCCACAAUAGUUGGUUUAUUCGGAAAUCUCAGUUUGAUUUAUGCAGUUGUCAAAUACAAAAAUCUUCACACCAAACACGGGAUGCUGUUGGGCUUUCUGUGUAUAUAUGAUUGCGUCGGGUUGGCAUAUGAGAGUUUGAGCGCAGUGCAGAUGAUCACCAAUUCGUCAGUGAUGAAGCGAUCGGAUUGUUUUCGUUACCUCUCACCCUACAUAGCUACGUUGACCAUGCAAGCCGUCAUGAUGAUAGCGCUGCCUGUCGACAUCCUGUUUUCCCUUGUCGCGCCGAUUACCCAUCGAUUAAUGCGAUACGACAUCUACGGUUUUCUGAUUCAUGUUCCAUGUGUAUUCACUGCAUCAUGCUUCAUCGUUAGUGGCGCAGUUCUUAUGGAUGAUGAAGUUAUACUGGCUUGCAACCCACCAUUGGGCUUACCAGAUCGUGUGUCAGAGAUAUGGAACCUCACCACAAUGGGCACGAAUGUUAUGGUCAUUAUCGCUUAUGCUCUCGUCGUUUUCUGGCUAUUCAAC